AUGUCCGAGUCAAAGAAACCCGAGGAGGUUGAACUCACUGUCAUGAAACCGCCACCACCCCCAUCGCAAGACUCGCCCACUUCCCCCGUCGACAGUGAGGACGAGGACUCCGCUGAACAGCCUGCUGCCAAGGCCCAAGACUUCGUUCUCCCUCGCUUUGACUUUGAACGUCCCCAACGUUUCAUGGAUCCGGAGCGAUAUUUGAUCGAAAUUAUCCAGCAUGUCCAGGAUGAUGAUGGCGAGAUGGUCGAGGAUGAAACUGGUGAAGUUGAUGACAAGUCUUCUUCAUCAGAGAAAUCCCCGGAUGAUGAAUCAUCCGAUGAGAAGCCAUCCGAUGAGGAGCCAUCCGAUGAGAAGCCUUCGGAGGAGAAGCCCCCGCAGAAGAAGACAUCUGGCGAGGAGCCAUCCGAUGAGUAG